ACUUGUAGUAAUGUUUGCAUGCAAAAAGCUAAACUUCAUUGAUUUGAUUGACUGGAGGAAAGUGCAGAGAGUGCAGUAGCAACACUAUACUAGAGCAAUUGCAGCAAUCACAAGAAAUUUAAAGCAACUUGCAACUUGGCUAGACAGCAAAAAACUCACGUUUCAUGUAAUGGAGCCUUUCCCAUUUCAGAUGUCUGAAUACUCGCAGAAUAUUGCAGAAGUACCCUCAGAUCUACUACAUUUACAAGAAUUGGACUACUGGGCAUACAGUGAAGAACUACCAAGCCAUUCUCCACUGAAACCACAACGUGACGUUCACGGUCCUGGUCACGUUCCCAUUCCGAAAUCAGAACCAGAGUACUUUCCAGAUUAUCUGGAAAAUUUGCCACCCAGCAGUUGGUACUCUCGUCAGACAGAAGGAUUUGUGCCGAUGGCAGCAAAUUUUCAGACCACCACACCUACAGAUCAAUCGCUACAGCUUCAGAUCUCUGAGCCACCUACUCCAGCGGCAGAAUGUCAAGUAACUUCGACUAACCUGUCUCCACUCCCCCACUCCCCCUACAGCCCUCACUCAGAAGGAUCUUUUGAUGAUGGGGAUGGAUUUGAAAGUGGAUUAAUGGAUCCCUCUGGGCUCAGUCUCACUCUGUCAGACACUGAUCCGAUAAGCCUCAAGGGCUUAACUGAAGAGCAGCUAGUAAGCCUUACAGCCAGAGAUUUGAAUCGAUUAUGUCGUGACAUGCCAGAAGAUGUAAUCAAGCAGUUGAAAAAGCGACGAAGAACAUUAAAAAACAGAGGCUAUGCUUACAACUCGAGAAUCAGAAGAGUCACGCAGAAGAAUGGAUUAGAAGUGGAGAGAGACGAUCUGCAGACACAGCUCACACAACUCGCUGAAAGGUGUAAGCUUUUAGAGCAAGAGGCGAAACAAUGGAAGCAAAGAGCUCAAGCCCUCGAGGCAGGAAACGUUUAACAUGUAACUCUUUAAACUGUCUGUUUUAUGUCACGCUGUUAAUUAUAUACAUUUCUAUGCAUCGCACCACCCAGCUUUUCUUUGUGUUUCUCUAGACUUUGUACAAAUAUGUUCUAUCAAGCACUAUUUGGCUAAUUGUCAUAAUUAUUUUCAACCUCCCAG